UCGUCUGCUCGUCCCUGCCAGCCCGAGCAGCUCCUCUGUCUCCAGUAUCGGCCCCACCUGCACCUCGGACGUGCGAGUGGCGGCGGUGGAUUCGUCCCUGCGCGGCAGCCUCAGCAUCACCGGGUCGGAGUGGAAGCGUCGCCGUAGCCGCCGUAGCCGCCGCUGCCGCCGCAGCUGCCGCAGCUCAUCCCGGCGCCACGACGGGGACGACUGACCCUCCUCGCCGCUUGCCUCCGCCAUCGCCGCGGCGGGACCUUUCGGUUUCGCUUAAGGACGCUGCCUGCGACAGAAACGCGCAGCACUGAACGGAGCAGAACAGGACACCCGUCCCGGCGGCGGCCCCAGGACGGCGGCAGUGAGGGGCAGGGGGCGCGGUAGGGAAGGGAAGCGCCCGGCGGGGCGGGGAGCGGGACACGGAAGGGCGCGCCGGUAGCAGGGGAGCGGUCGGCGUUGGAAGAGGCCGGUUUCGGGUCGCCGGGCCGACGGCAGGAGAAGCUGUAGAUGGGGUCUGAAGAUGAAGAGACUCAGCCUUCUUCUGAGGCACAAGAACCUUUUUGGAACCCCACAAGUGUUAAACAAGAUGCCAGACAAGAAGUGGCAGCUAAUUCAUGGAUAUGGAGGACAAAGAACUUCUGUAAACGGUGCUUCUCGCAGGCAAAAGUCCAUUAUCUAAGGUGGCUUGCUUUUUUGUGCAUUCCUGCAUUGGUGGUCAUCAUCGUGUUGGGUGUAAAACUUGAGACAUCUCACCAUGGAAAGUUUCCUCCUGAGCAGUGCCCCAGUGAUUGGAUAGGUUACAAGAAGAAAUGUUAUUUCAUCUCAGGGGAGGAAAAAGACUGGACAUCUAGUCAGACCUUCUGCACCCAGAAUAGGUCCUUGUUAGCUGUUUUUGAAAACCAGGAAGAAGUGUAUUCUUUAGCUAAGCAUUUGAAAAUAGAUGACUCCUGGAUUGGAUUGCGCAAGAAGGGAGAAGUUUUCUACUGGGAGAAUGGUAUUGCCUUGGAGGUGAACUUGUUCCAAAUACGGAAUCACUCUGAGUGUGCCUACUUGGAUGACUUCAUUAUUUCUACAUCAGCAUGUUCUUUGCCCAGGCGCUGGAUUUGUGUCCAAAUUCCUAAACGAUGACUAGGUCUUCAUUUGAUACUGACAGUUAAGACAUAUCCAUUGUACAAUCAUGUUGGACAGACGGGAUGCCUGUUGCAGCCUUGCUAUAUCAACCAUCUGGAAGCCUAAAUUGAAGAGAAGAGGGUUUAUCUUGGCUUCCAGAAGGUACCUCUGUUCUAGGACAGAAAAGGAAUGUGUUUAGUCUACAGAUGGAGCCUACAGUGAAGUCUGCCAGGCUGGAUGACAAAGCUUCAAACAGUUCAGUGGGAUUCCUGUGAAUGUUCUGGUCAAUAAGAAUCUCUUUCAUGUUCUUACUCUCUGGAAACCUGGACAGACACUAGCCAGCCAACACACCUACAGAGCCUGUGAAACCAGAGCCCUCUUGUUUCUCCAAAAAUUCCUUCUGUUCUUUGUUGAAUUUUGGACUGACUAUUUCAGAAUAAUAUUUCCCUAUAUUUUCCCUUAAAUUUGUGUUAACUUUUGAGUGAAUCAAUGUACUCGCUUUGCACUCUAGCCAGUCUGUGGCCAUCACUGUCAUCAAGACUUCUUAUGGCUGGACUGUUGGGAAGCUCACUACUUAACCAAAGGAAGAAGACCACAAUCUCCUCUGAUUCUGCAUGGUUUUUGUGUGGGCUUUCAUAUUAAUGUUUACCAGGUUUGUUCCUGCUAAGAUUUGGACUUAUUCAAGGAAGCAGCAGCAGGAUUAUUUGUGGCCAGUUGAAUUAUCUGCAUAUCUAGUACACAGUAAUCUGAGGAAAAGGUCACGUUCAGGGAUUUGGUUUUGCACUCCCAGGAGCAAUGUUUUGUCUGUGUAAAAAAUCUUCUGCCACUUGAAAGAGAACAUGGCAUUUACUGACCACAAAGUGUAGGAAACAAAUGUUCUGAGCAGACAGCUGUGGCACACUGGGACAUGAGAGCUGCCACCAUUUGCUGGUGCCCGUCUGCUGAAGCUUUCCAGGCACUGUCAGCACAAUGCUCAACUGUGUUGCAGAAAUCUCCAGCAGACAAGCGGAGCAGGUAGCGGGGUGCGGUGACUUUAUUUGUCUCAGCAAUAGCUGCUGGAAUUUCUGUUGAAGCCUUCUUUUGGCUGGUUUCUGAAAGGACAUCAGCUGAGGGUUGAAUGUUUUUCUACCACUUACAUCUUACCUUAUAAUGGUGGUAGAAUUGUAGAAUCAUUUAGGUUGAAAAGUCCAACUGUAAAUGAUGUAGCAGCCUGAUGAGAAAUUCCUGUAAAACGAUCAAUGUGUGAUGCUAAAGGCAACAGGCUGAGCUGCUGAAUUACUUUUUGAGAUGUUGUGUGACACUAGCCCUGAAUCGGAUUCCACUGGUGCCAGCUUCACACCCAAGUGCUCCCACAGCCAACUACACUGCGUGCACUCCUUACUUUACUGGUGCAAGUGAAGUGAGAACUCAUACUCCUAAUUCCUUUUACGUAACUAUUUUUAUACAGACAGAAUACUGAUAUGAAUGUAGUGUAUCUCAAGGGCUUGCAGUGUGGAAAUUUCCCUUACUGAGUUCCUGGGAAGUGGCUGUUUGAGAGGAGGAGGAGGUAUGAGAUGGUUUGGGACUCAGCUGUUGUAAUUUGGACUUUCCCUCAGGUAUUCAGAAACAAAAAUGUGACCAAGAACUGUCUUGAAUAAAUGCCACUUGAGUACAA